AUGUCCGGACUGCCUUAUCUGAUCCUCGAGAAUCUAAAUGUUCGGAAAUACAAACUCCAGAAAAAGUCAAACCCGGCAUCAUCACAGAUCAAAUGCGUAUUGAAGCUGCUGAUGUACCACUGCCUCGUCAACCUACCUCUGAUCAUGGCGUCCUACCCGGUUUUCAAGUACAUGGGCUUCAGAAGCACGCUUCCCCUUCCGCACUGGAGUACCAUCGUUACCCAGCUCGUGAGCUACUUCUUUAUCGAGGAUUUUGUGUUUUACUGGGGUCACCGUGCGCUACACUCGAAAUGGCUGUACCAGAACGUCCAUUGCGUCCACCAUGAAUAUGCGACUCCUUUCGGGUUGACAUCGGAGUACGCGCAUCCCGCGGAAAUCCUCUUCCUAGGGUUCGCCACCAUUCUCGGCCCCGCCCUCACGGGACCGCAUCUGCUCACCCUCUGGCUCUGGAUGAGCCUUCGAGUCCUCGAAACCGUUGAAGCACACAGCGGAUUCGAAUUCCCCUGGAGUCCGUCCCGCUUCAUUCCGCUCUACGGCGGGGCGGAGUACCACGACUAUCAUCACCGCUGCGUGUACACGGACUCAGGCAACUACUCGUCCACGUUCAUCUACAUGGACUGGAACUACAGGAGAAUGAAGGCUCUGAAAGCAGGCAGUGCCAAGGACGAGGCUCCUACUACCAAUGCCCAUGAGGGGGGAGAUGAGCACGGCGUGGGAAGAGUUAUCACAUUAGCGCAUCUCGAGGACCGGCCUCCGCCCCUCCCCCCUCCGUCGCCGUCACCCGUUGCCACGUCAGCAGGUUCCAGAUUCGCCAAAAACUUCUUAGGAGCAGGAAGCGGCACGCGUGGACUGCCCUUCGGCGGCGGAAAUGGCCGUCAAUCAGCAGCGGUGCCAGCAGCCACUGGCGCAUCCGCAGGCGCGGGGACCGCAGGGGGGAGCAAUGGGGCGGUGGGGGGAGCAGGCGGAGGGGGAGGGGCGGGGGAGAAGGAGAAGGCGGGGGGCGAGGGCGAGGGGUCGUACGUGAUCUUCAACGUUGGCGAAUCACUCUUUGUGGCGGACGCCAACAGUACGGACAAGGUGGGGAGGGGAUGGGGAAUGGGGAAGGGUGCGAGGCGCAAGGUGGGGCUGGGGGGCGCAAGGUGGGGGUUGGGGGGCGCAAGGUGGGGGCUGGGGGGGCUCAAGGUGGGGGCUGGGGGGGCGCAAGGUGGGGGCUGGGGGGCGCAAGGUGGGGGCUGGGAGGGCGCAAGGGAAAGCAACGUUGGAGCCACUGAAGGCGCUGCAGUUCAUGGGGGCGAGCGGGCUGAGCCACUGAAGGCGCUGCAGUUCAUGGGGGCGAGCGGGCUGUGCCACGCGUUUGAUGGAGCAGUGGUGGGCCGGGAGGCACAGGGCACAGCAGGCAGGGACGCACACGACCUGCUCAUCGCCACCACCGCGGGCGACACACAGCACCAACCGUGUGCUCCCACGCCCCAGCUGCUUACCCCAUACCUGCCUGUUCCUGUCUCCCCUUGCUCUUUGCCUCCCGUUGCUUCCCGGUCCCCUCCUGCCCCAGUCUACACAGCAUCACUGAGGGCACAUCUAGCAGACGGCAGCAAGAAGCUGGUGGGGGCAGCACACUACAGCCCGCGGGACGGCACUGCCAGCAGCAGUGGCAGCGGGGGUAGCAGCAGCGGGGGGAGCAAGGAGGGCAGCAGCGGCAGCAGCAGUCGAUGCACGGCGGUGGCAUGGGUGCCGGGCGGGGAUGGGCUGUUUGUGACCGCGCAUGCGGAUGGCAACGUGUAUGUCUUUGACAAGCACCGGGACGGCACCACGGAGCCGGGCUUCCCGCCCAUCAAGGACGCCCAUACCUUCUCCACCGCACAUGCGCGCUCCAACAAGAGCAACCCGUUGGCGCGGUGGCACAUCUCGCCAUCAUCAAUCAACGCCCUCGCCUUCUCCCCCUCGGGCUCACACGUGGCCACCGUCUCCCGCGAUGGCUACCUACGAGUGUAUGACUGGGAGCGAGAGGCCCUGGAGGGCGGGUGCAAGAGCUACUACGGGGCGUUCCUGUGCUGCGCCUUCAGCAGCGAUGGGCGGCUGGUGGCGGCAGGCGGGGAGGACGACCUGGUGGCCGUGUGGGACCGCCACUCGCAUGCUGUGCUUGCCUGGUGCGAGGGCCACUGCUCCUGGGUCACAGCAGUGGCGUUCGACCCCUUCCUCCCCGCCAAUCCCCCGCCCUCCUCCAUCGCCUCCCCUCCCUCCACCACCGCCGCCGCCAUUGCCACCCCACCCUCCUCCGCCUCCCCCAUCCCCACCAGCAGCGCCAGCACCGGCAGUGGUGCGGGUGUGGGGGCAGCAGUUGCGCCGGGUGGUGCAGAGGGGAGCUACAGACUGGGGUCCGUGGGACAGGAUACGCAGCUGCUGCUGUGGGACAUAGCUCUAGACGAUGUGGUGCUCCCCUUGCGCCUCCAUGCAUCUCAUCCGCACCACCAGUCAGCAGCUGCCACGUCAGCAUCCCACCCUCAUGACGUGGCAUCGACCAGCACCCCCCCGCCCGCCCACCCGCACUCCCGCUCGCACUUCUCCCACUUCCAUUCUCACGCACCCGGCCACGCCUCUCCAAACCGAACACAUGGCGCCACGUCAGCGUCACCAUCCACGUCAGCAGCAGGAACUGCCACGUCAGCGUCAUCAUUAGGUCUGGGCAGAUCCAGCGGUGCACGGAGCUCCAGUGGGGCGGGGAGUGGUGCCGGUGGGGGCAGCAGCAGCAGCAAUGCAGGCGGGGGUGGCAGCAGCGGCGGGGCUUUAAGAGACGCAUCGGGAUCGAAUGCAUCUCAUGGAGCAGCAGCAGCAGUGCUGGUGCCUCCUCCUUCCCGCAAAGACGUGCCGAGAAUAUCCCCAGUGAUGGCACACAAGGUGCACGUGGAGCCGCUAUCAGCGCUCGCCUUCUCACAGCAAGCAGUGCUCACCGCGUGCCACGAGGGCUGUGUCAAGCUCUGGCUGCGACCGGGUGCCACCCCCCCUCCCGGCAGCAUUGCCGCCACCUCCUCCCUUGCCCCUUCUGCUGCUGCUGCGCCUGUUCCUGCUCCUGGUGGUGCUGCUGCUGCCACUGUAGCCGUGCCUGCAGCGUCCGCCUCGCCUCUCCGAGGAGACCCCCAGUCAGCCUCUCCCGCCCUCGCCCUGUCUGACCGAGGGCUUGCCAGCAACCGCACGGGCACACCAGAAGCUGCUGCUGGUGCGGGUGCUGGUGCGAGUGGUGCGGGCAGCAUGAGUGCCGCUGCUGCGUCGGCUGCAGCGACAGCGGUAGCAGCGGGGGCGGGUGCAAGAAGUGCUGUUUCCGGGCAACGAGGAUUCAGAUGA